GAGGACGUGAUCUAAAAGGGACAAAGUCCAACCCAAAGGUAUAGUGUAUGAAAUCAGAUACUGUAGAUGGGAAAUCUCGGACUUUUUUAUAUAAGGAAACUUUUUCAGCAGAAAUUUACGAAAUAAGUAGCUGCUUUCACAGGGGGCGACUAUAUCGUAUAGAUAUUUCUCAUAUAUGUAUAGAUAUACAUAUAUUAUAGAAAAGAUAGCUUAAUUAGUUGAGAUAAUGCAUGUCCAGGAUUUGAACUCUUCUAUACUUUGCUUCUGACUAUGGCAUUCUAUGGCAUACUAUUUAAAAUGGACGUGAUAUGCGGAACUCUCGAACUGAUGUCGACUGCUUCUUUCUUUAGAAUUUGCGAACCGCACCACAAUCAAAAGAUCAGACAUUAACUAAAGGCAAGUGGUAGUUGUAUAUAUAAUAUAGAGAUAUAGAGAUAAGUCGGUCACAAAAAUUGCCAAUUACUGAGGUCGAUUAUACCAAAUAAUCGGCUGAUUAUGGUUAUGUUGCUAAUAGACAACCGGCCAACAUUUUGAAAGGUACUGCAUGUAUACUCUGAUGGCAUUACCUUCUUCACUCCUGGCAAACAGCCAUAUGUUGAGAUCAGUGAGAUGACCACCCACCGAAAUACGCACAGUAACCCACGCCCGCGAUCAUUGAUGAACUUUAGACUUCGCUAAUGCUUUCCUUUCCCCGGGUGUAAAUAGCCGGGCGGAAUUAGUACCCUCGCCCCGGGCUUACACCCGGAACGGCGCUCCGCGCCAACAACGGUAACUCAGAAAAUAAACAUUUUAAUCGUUCUAGCUUUCGACUAAGAUUCAGUCAUCAUCAGAAAUCAUUCAUUAUGAUGACUGGAUCUUAGGCGAAAGCUAGAACGAUUAAAAUGUUUAUUUUCGGAGUUAUCGUUGUUUUAUAUUUCAACAUGUUUAGUCUUGUUCGUUAAUGCAUAUACUCUACGAAAAUGCCAUGCAGUUGAUAGCUUGUAACGGGAAAGGCCAUCAAACAAAUUUUGUUGCACAUUUUCAGGUUUUGGCCGACCGUGUAUAACUUGCGAAAAGCUUUAAAAAGCGACAGCCUUUAUGGGUUGCUUUUAGGGGUGGUUAUUGGAAGAAAAAAAAUUGUCUAAGUAUAAUAUUUUAUAAGAAAAUGACCAUGCACCAUGCACCCCAGGUCGACUGCUAAUUAUGCAUAAAAUAACUAAUAUACCUGGCAGAAAUUAAAUUUUCUUAUUUCUUAAAAAAAUUAUCAUGGGAUGAAAAACUAUGCUUAAUGUAGACUUCAUAAGGAUUGUCACUUACCCCCCCCCCCCCCCCCACACACACACACACACACACGAUUACAGCCAUAUUUUGCCCCCUUUCAUUCAGUUGUUGUACUUUUACAUGAUGAUAAAUGGCUAAAGAGGAUUUCAACCAAGUUUUGAAGUAGUGCAAUGUAUUUUAUCUUCGAUAUUGUGUCCUUCGAUAUUUCGUCAAAUAUGUCGCCAUUGCAGUGCCUCGCCGCUUUGAUCUCUGCCCGAUGAAUGCCACUUCUUCGUCUUCAUAUGUAUUUGGAGUACUUCAUUGUAGAAUAGUCCCAAUCGAAAACAUUAGUUGCACUUGAAAGGAAAAACCUCCCAUAACACAUUUAGAAUCAAAAAUAAAUAAUUUGAAAGGCACGCGCAAUCUUUACGAAAACUCCUUGUGGGCCGUGAGUUUUUCAAAGACCUCAAAUAGCACUCGUCCUUCGGACUCACUGGUGCAUGUUAUAUCCAAAUUGCACUCGAAACCAUGCUAUUACCUAUACAAAGUUGGAUUACCUUUUUUUAACACACCAUGUAUAACCACGGAGCAAACUUUCGAAGCUAUUCAAAACUGUAAAUAUUUUAAAUGUACUAAAAUAUUGUGAUUUUCAGGUAACCUCGCACUGAGCAAGAAUGUCGAGAAUCGAAAACCAGUACGUGUUGUUAGAGGCUACAAACUAAACAGUCCUUAUGCACCAGCUGAGGGAUAUCGUUAUGAUGGUGAGUUUGCUAGUUUGUCUAUGAGCUGUGUAUAAACAAUAGAUAGCUUAAGAUCUACGACGUCGACGUCAGCUAGGACGUCAGGGCUAAGCAAAGGACUGGGACGUCGUCCUAAAUAAAUAAACUUCCACUAAGAUUCACGACGUCGACAUUUAAACUAUAAAUAUUUACAUUCUUUUGAAAAUGAAUUUUAAAAAGACACAUGAAUUCAUUACCGUUUGCUAUACUCUUGUAUCCACGACGGUAAAACUCUUGUUGUGAGGUUGUCGACGUUUGGUGGACGACGAGCAAAUUGAGAGAGACACAUACACACUUCCAAAACUAUUACCUAUUUAUUUCUGCUUGCCGCCCUAAAUAUUUGACGUCGUUGAUAUUGAGCUAUCUACUUAUUUAGGACGACAUCCUAGUCCCAGUCCUCUGCUUAGCUCUGACGUCCUAGCUGACGUCGACGUCGUAGAUCUUAAGCUGUCUAAUAUGUAAGAGCUGUGAACGACCAUGAACUUUACCGUCUUUCUACAGGUCUUUACACUGUUGAAAAAUACUGGAAAGCCAUUGGCUUCAGUGGCUUUGUGGUAUAUAAAUUCGCUUUGAAGAGGUGUUCUGAGCAAGCACCAUCACCUUGGCUUGACGAAUUACAG